GAGGUGUACUAGUAAGAAGUUACAACAAGUAGAAAGGGACAACAGACACGGGCGAUCUAAAGCCAGUUCAAUCUCAUUCAAUUCAACUCAUGCACAGACUCCAGUCUUCUACAAUCAAACAUCACCUGCGCCCCCGAACCUGCAGCAGCUGUAUCCGCGACCGCAACCGCAACUGGACCUUUGCCUCUGCGUCUGCGUCUGCCACUCACAAUCUAUCGUCAUUUCACCGCCAAUUCCAAUCGUCAACACCCCGCGCCCUGGCUCCCACCAAGUUUACACAAAAUUCUGUUUCUGUUUCCUCCCCUCCCCUCCGUCCCUCAUCCGCAACAAUAGCUUCACAACGGUCUGAAGCUAUUUCUCGACACCUCUCUACCUCUACGCCCGCCAAUAUGUCCUACAGCAAGCAACCCUCAGAGUUCCAGCCUCGCAAGGUUGGUGCUCUGCACACCCUCGAUUUCAGAUGCUUCAUUGAAAAGGAUGGCACUCCGGUCUCACCUUUCCACGACAUUCCUCUCUAUGCCAAUGAGCAACAGACAGUGCUCAACAUGGUCGUCGAGAUCCCCAGAUGGUCAAAUGCUAAGCUUGAGAUCUCUAAAGACGAGUUCUUGAACCCCAUCAAGCAGGAUAUCAAGAAGGGCAAGCUUCGAUUCGUCCGCAACUGCUUCCCCCACAAGGGCUAUCUGUGGAACUACGGUGCUUUCCCAAGAACCUGGGAAGACCCCAAUGUCGUACACCCGGAGACCAAGGCAAAGGGCGACAAUGACCCGUUGGACGUCUGCGAAAUUGGCGAACUUGUUGGCUACACCGGUCAGGUUAAGCAGGUCAAGGUCCUUGGAGUGAUGGCUCUCUUGGAUGAGGAGGAGACGGACUGGAAGAUCAUUGUCAUCGACAUCCACGAUCCCCUUGCCCCCAAGCUCAACGACAUCGAGGACGUUGAACGUCAUCUACCUGGCCUCCUCCGCGCUACAAACGAAUGGUUCCGUAUCUACAAAAUCCCAGACGGAAAGCCCGAGAACCAGUUCGCAUUCAGCGGCGAGUGCAAGAACAAGAAGUAUGCCGAAGAGAUCAUCCGCGAAUGCAGCGAUGCUUGGGAACGUCUCGUUACUGGCAAGCAACAGCGUGGUGAAAUCAACCUCGCCAACGUCACGAAUUCCGCUUCUCCAGACCGUGUGGACCAGUCUCAACUCUCCAAGAUCCCUCAAGGACAGAACGUUCCACCUGCGCCGAUUGAUGGCAGUGUUGACAAGUGGUUCUUCAUUUCUGGAGCUGGAGCGACAUCGACCGACUACAUCAAAUAAAAGAUCCACGGAGUACCAUUGACAGCAUAUCCUAUGUUACAGGUCCUCGAAUACCUAGGUAGACAAAAACAACCCACAUACUAGUAUGUAGUGAGCUUAGCUAGAAUGGAAAGUUCCUAUUCUCUCGCUCAA